AUGAAAGCGCAUUGCCCAAGAGUUAUAUUCGUUCGUCAUGGUCAAACCGAAUGGUCCAAAUCGGGCCAACACACUUCUGUAACAGAUUUAAGCUUGACUGACUUUGGGGUAAAACAAAUGAGAAACACUGGGAAACAUCUUAUUGGUGCAUCUCCAUUCCAAUUGAUUGAUCCUGCUAAUUUGAAACAUGUCGUAGUAUCCCCAAGAUCCAGAGCUAAACAAACAGUUCAAUUACUUUUGGAAGCUCUCACUGAGGAGCAGAGGGCCAAGAUUGAAAUUUUCGAGGACAAUGACAUUAGAGAAUGGGAGUAUGGUGACUAUGAAGGGUUGAAGACUCAGCAAAUUUUGGAAUUGAGAAAAUCAAGAGGUUUGGACACCCAUUUAGAUAAAGGAGACGUUUGGAAUAUCUGGAGAGAUGGUUGUGAAGGUGGUGAAGACUAUAAAGAGGUUACUAAAAGAGUGGAUGAAGUGAUUGCCAGAAUUAAGGUGAACCAUUUAAAGGCUUUGGAACAAAACGUUUCUUGUGAUACUAUUGUUGUUGCACAUGGACACAUUUUAAGAUGCUUCGCUGCACGUUGGCUUGGCAGGGAGAUUAACAAGAAUCCCGAUUUUUUGUUGGAUGCAGGUGGAGUCGGUGUAUUGAGUUAUGGUCACCAUAACAUCGAAGAGCCUGCCUUAGCAUUGGCUGGUGCGUUUGUCGUACCGAUGGAAGAAGAAGGUGCUGAUAUCUAA